GAAAAUGGUCCGCUGUACCUGUUUGGAGACAGAAUAGAAUAGACAGAAAAAGAAAGGAAGAAAGAAAGAAUGGGGGGUGAAUUAGCAGCAACAGCAACAAUGACAAAGAAGAAGAAAAAGAAGGGACGCCCUUCCCUCUUGGACAUCCAAAAACGGUCCCUCAAACAACAACAAUUAGACCAACGUAAUCAACAACAACAACAACAACAACAACAAAACCCUAAUUCUUUCAAAUCUAACCGCCGAUCUACUCGACAAAACCCUAAUUCCAAUUACAAUGACGUCGACGACGACGAUGAGCGCAAAGAGAAGAAGCACAAGUUAUUACUCGGCUUGGACAAUUCUUCUAACCAUCAGCAACAACACUAUCCGAUUUCUUCGCCCGAUUUUUCCGGUCCUAAUUCGAUUCUUGACGGCAAGCGUCGCAAGAUCAACUCCAUCCAUACCGGAUCUGAUCAAACGGAAGAAAAGGUUUUGAAAGCGACGGACACUCUUCGUGGGUCACCGGUGGACUCCGGUCCCACGACGCCUUUGCCAGACAAAAAGUUGUUGGUGUUCGUUCUUGACAGGCUUCAAAAGAAGGACACUUACGGGGUGUUUUCUGAGCCAGUGGAUUCAGAAGAGCUUCCUGAUUACCAUGAGAUUAUUGCUCAUCCAAUGGAUUUCGCUACUUUGAGGAAGAAACUAGAUGGAGGGUCUUAUACCAACUUGGAGCAAUUUGAGAAAGACGUUUUUCUCAUUUGUUCCAAUGCAAUGCAAUAUAAUUCACCAGAUACGAUUUACUUCAGACAGGCACGAACCAUUCAAGAGAUGGCAAAAAAGGACUUCGAAAAUUUGAGGCAAGAUAGUGAUAGUGAACCACAACCUCAACCAAAAGUUGUGAGGAGAGGCAGGCCACCAAAGAGCUUGAAAAAGUCACUUGACACCUCUCCUUCUGAUCGUGCUGCUUGUGAGGUUUCCUCUGAUGCAACCCUUGCUAAUGGAGGAGAUAAUGGCAACUGGUCUAGUGCUCACAAUCUAAGAAAAGGACCAAUGCCAUCAUUCAAGUUUCGGACUGCUGAUGCAUUAAACAGGGCCUCUUAUGGCUCUCAUUCUCUUGCUGGUGAAACUUAUACUAGCUGGUUAUCGGAAUGGGAGAAUGAAUUUCCAGCUUCUGUUGUGAAGGCUGUGUUGAAGUAUGGGAAAAAACAAUCUACGUUAGAUGAGAAUAAACGCGACACCUAUGAGGACUCGUUGUCUUCUGGGCAUGAGCCAUCUGUUUUCACAACCUUUGAGGGAGAAUUGAAGCAACUAAUGGUGGUUGGUCUAAACUCUGAGCAUGGUUAUGCUAGAAGCUUGGCUCGAUUUGCCGCAGAUCUUGGACCAGUUGUUUGGAAAAUUGCUUCAAAGAAAAUUGAAAGUGUUUUGCCUGUUGGGGUCAAGGUAAGUCCUGGAUGGGUAGGAGAAAACAAGGUUAAUGAGCAGCAGCAGAACUUAUUUGCUGAAAAACAGAAAUCGUCAAAUAAUUAUAUGUAUGGUGACCGUUCAAGCAGACUUCUAUCUCCGACCACUUCUGGGUCAAACUCUGCUAUCGGAAACAGAUAUUCUAUGCAAGUUGGGGAAGAUAUGGAAAAUAACAGAGAAGUUAACUCCCAAAAUGAGCCAAUGUUUCUGGGUAAUACUCUUGGUGGGUUAAAACCUGCAUCUCGUUUUCAGUCUCAGUCAAGACCUGUAAUCCAUUCUGGUAUGAAUGGUUUUAGUGGUACUGGUGGUUUUGGAUUUAACUCUUCGCCUCAAGUGGGGACAGCAGGGCUUGGCACAGAACCUGGAAAGUCCAGGUUUGACAAUAGUUCAGUGCCUUCUGGAAUGCUUGGCGUGGUUCGAAAUGGCACCCAUCCCAUUUACUCAAUGCCCACAAAUGAUCAUGAUUCAAACCUUUCAAACGUGGCAGAUUGCUCAAGUAUUCGACACUCGGAAGAUUCCUUGGUCCUAGGCUUUGGCUCUAGGUCACAUACAGCAGUGGAUCUGGGGCUACAGGGGGAGUCAUCUUGGCAGGAAUUGUCAACAUUUAAUAAACAGGUGUUUCAUCCAUUUCCACCUGACCUGAAUGUUAGAUUCCUUGCGCCGGGGUCACCUAUUUCGAAUAUCCAGAUUAGCUCACAACAGCAGCCUGAUUUGGCAUUACAGCUCUGAUUAUGAAAUAAAAAAAAAAAAAAAAAAAACGACAUUUCCCUUCAAUUCAACUUGGGGUAUUGGAAGGUUAGGUUUUCCUUAAAGUUUAAUCUUUUGCCCAAAUAGGAAUAGCAUUGUGGCAGGCAGGCCAUGUUUCCCAUAUCUUUGAUUUUCGUGACUCCGAAGAGUUGCCACAUCGGAGAGUGUAGGGAAAUAUUUUGUACAGAUUAAUAUAUCCAUUUUUUUACCUGGUGGAAUUCACAGUUUAA